AUGGACAACGACAAGGCUGAAGAAGCUUUAGAAACGCUGGAACAGACCUGCUCCAUCCUCUGGAACGCUAAAACUGGCACUGUUCCAACCGAAGUACUCGCUCGUCUGCCGCUGUCACUUGUAAGCCUUGAUCACCAGUCUGUUACCUCAGGGCUGAACGUGCGUUACUUCAUUCCGUGGAAGGAGGGGGAUCUACGACGUUACGAAAGAAAUCUUGCGCCCGUGGAAGGAAAUGAGAGGAUUUCAUGUGAUGAGAAUGUUCUCCUAAAUGGAUGUCCGAUAGGUUACAGAUUGUCCAGACCAUGGGGUAGCGGUGGGGAAUGGGCGGAAACAAUGUGUUCUCGUUUGCUUACAGAAGUGGACAUUGCACCCCGCAAAGGCACUCAGGGUGAUAUGCUAGCCUUGAAGUCGGUGACUGGAUGGAGACACCAUAUCGGGAUUCCCGAUGAGCCCCCAAUUCCACAGCCGUGGUACAUACAGAGGGAAAGCUACCAAUGGGGCCCAUACUGUUACUGGACAUUGCGCGGCAAUAAACACCCACACGUCAAGGCCUCGAUGUUCCAUGGCGUUGAUGGCAUCGAUGGAAUGGUCUUAAGGGAAGAGAUCAUGGUUAUCAUUCUUGUAAUGAUCAGUCGACUGGAGAACAAAGACUUCAGAAAGCAUGCUGUCGUUCCUGUUAUGCUGUUUUCGUUCAUGAGAAACCGCCGUGGCCGCAUUCUAUUCGCACAUUGCCUGGGGAACAGACUCGUUAUCAAGAUGUCGCCUCUAUGUCCAUUCGAAGUUGAAGGGGAGGGAUGGAAUGAUUCUCUGGCCCUGUUUACGCGCUAUCAGGCUGCUGGACCUUCAUCAACAGAUACAACCAAGUUUCCAGUUGGGCCUGACGGGACUUCUUAG